GACAAUCCGAUGAUAUCUCUUAUAAACAACACGUGUGUCUUGUAAUUUCUAGUUUUUUAAAAAAAAUUUAAUACAUAUUAUUAUCGUAAAUCGAAGACUGGCUGCCAAAUUAAAAUAAUUUCAACAUGGGCAAAAAACGUAGGCGCACCGACGAAGAUACGGAAUUCGAUUUAUCCCGAAAGGCCAAAGAAGUAAAAGACGACAAUGAAAAACGGUUAAUAAUCAUUUUGGAAAACGCACAACUAGAAACGGUCAAAGUAAUCCAAUCGAACUGACGUUGAUCAUUUAACAUUAUUAUUAUUAUUUUUUUUAACUGUACUUUUUUAAAGGUUGGCAAAACAUUUGAACUGUUAAAUCCCGACGAGCACGGACACAUAUUACGGAAACACGGACGAGAAUUGGGUAACUGUCGGCCCGACAUUGCCCAUCAAUGUCUCUUGAUGUUGUUCGACAGUCCGUUGAAUAGGGCAGGUCUACUUCAAGUAUAUGUUCACACGGAAAAUAAUGUUCUCAUCGAAAUCAAUCCACAAACGAGAAUACCACGAACCUUUAAACGUUUUGCCGGACUAAUGGGUAACCGCAUUCAUUAAAAGUAUCAACUUGUGGUGUCUGCUCAAAGUAUUUUUACCUUAAAUCACUGAUUUAAUUUUUUAACCACUCAUUUCAACCAAAAAAAAUCUCACCCUGCAAAAAUGUAUUGAAAUUUGUUAAAAUUUCUCAAGUUUAUUAAAUUUCCACAUUCUAAAAUUCUUUUAAUGACUUGUUUUGUAAAAUAAUAAUAAUUUUUGUUAUAUUUCUGAACACUCAAGUACCCUCAAACCGCCACUGUUAAUAGGCGUUUUUGUUUAACUUACAUAACAAUUAAUUAUAUACAAAUUUGUUUAAAUUUCUUAAACAUAUUAGGUAUACAAAAUUUAAACAUUUUAUAAAGUAUUUUUCUAAACAAAAAUAUUUUAAAUCCCAGUUAUCUACUUUUAUUGUAACUUUAAAUUUAUAUUUCAUACUUUAACAUUAGGUACUACAAUGCAAUCAAUAAAUUUAUAGUUAUAUCAUUUUAUUACUAGUUAUAUUAAUAUUACUACUGAACCAAAAUCUAAUACUUAGAUCAACUUUAUUAAAUAACUGGCAUUACUAAAACACAGAUUUAUAUACAAUAAAAAAUAUUAAAAUUAAAAAUCGUAAAAGGUACUAAAAAAAAUUUUAUUAAUUUUUUUUUUAUUCAAAUUAAUAACUAAAUACCUAGUAUUCAAGUUUUUCUUUUGUAAAACUGUGAUGUCAAUAAAUGUGUAUGAAUUAAAAACGAUUCUUUAACAUUAACUGUAGUAGUUGGAGUCAGCCAUAUUUGCAACAACUUAGUAUCAUUGGGUUUUGGUAAAUUUCAUCAUGUUGAACCAAUUCACUUUAAAAUACUUAAUUCAUUUUUAGAUAAAAUACUAUUUUUAUUUUUUAUUUUGUUUUGUUUUUAAUAUUGCCACAUUAAGUCCAGAAAUAAUAUUUUUAUUUUAAAUUCAUUAACUAAACAUAAAACAUGAAUUUUUUGAUUAUUGUUGCUAAAAAUGACAAAUGUUAAUUCGUUUUUAGAUGAUUCAUAUUUAAUCUUCUGUUAGCUUUUAAAUAAUCUUUUGGUAUUUUAUAAAGUGUUCCACGUUAAGCUGCGUCCAGACUAGACGACUAAGGGUAUUGAAGGCACAUGUGGCGAUCUUAUUCAAUGAUGUUGGUUUUGAUGUAGACAGCGCAACUGAGCAAAUGUGUGGGGGAGCGGUAUAUAAAAAGAAUUCAUUAUCGGUUUGGACACAAUUUGUUGAUAUUUUAGUCUUCGUCGACAUUUGAUUAAAACGAAUGUCAUGUUAAUUUUAAUUAUAUUUAAAACAGAUUAGAGUUUAUAUCAAGACAUACAAUACUAUGAGAUCCAACACAUUUCGAAUACAAAUUAAACAAAUUAAUUACCGUUAAUAAGUCAUUUCACUUGAUAUCAUUUUAUUUAAAAUAUAAUAUUUUAAAUUUUAGAAAAUAUUAAAUAAAUUAUAUGCAUUCGCAGCAUAAACAAGUGAAGGUUUCCAAACAUGGACAAAUUCAGAUUGAGUUUGGACAGUACGCCGAUGAUCUCAAAUCUAAGUACAGACAAGACCAAAUAUGAUUACGUUGGUGGCCGGGUGCCUUGGACGUGUAGUCUGGACGCGGUUUUAUAUAUAGCCGCAAGUAGCCAUGCCCCCCGCCUUAUAAUUACUGGGAUGGGAGGUACCUAAAGGUAUAUUAUCCAUUUUGUUCUUAAAAAUUAAAAAACCUAUUAUUUUGUUGUAGAACGUAAUAUUUCCAUUGAAAUAUGCAAUUAAUUACGUUUACAUUUUCAAUCAAAAAUUCAAUAUACUAUCUAUAUUAUACUUUUACUUCAAUUAUUACCCAUAGUUAGUUAUCAAAAAUAGAUUUCAUAUGAGAUAUUAACUAAUAUUGAUAUUAAUAUUAUAUUGGAUCUUAUUAUAUUAUCAUAUUAUUUUUAUUUUGAUAGUUCAGUUAUUGCAUAAAUUCAGUGUAAGAGCAGCCGAAACUUCGGCCAAAUUGAUGAAAGUGAUAAAAAACCCAAUCAAUGAUCAUUUGCCAGCGGGCUGUCGAAAAGUAGCUACAUCAUUUUCGGCGGCAAAACCCAUCAAACCGUCAGAACUUGUUCCUCAAGACGUUCCGAUUGCUUUUGUCAUUGGCGCAAUGGCUCAUGGACAGGUAUAAUAUUUAUCAAUAUUUUCACUAUGAAUAUUAAUAUAUUUUAACAUUAACUAUUUCAUUAGAUUAAAACUGAUUACACGGAAGAAACUGUGUCAAUUAGUAAUUAUCCACUAUCAGCAGCAUUGACGUGCACGAAAAUAUGUUCAGCUUUUGAAGAGGGCUGGGGUAUAUUAUAAGUUGUUAAAUUAUUCUAUAGUUUUGUAAAAUAUAAUAUUUCAUUUCAAAACAAAAUUUUUUUAU